GGAAGUGGGGUUGUUAGCUCCUCGGCGCGCUAAGCUAGCUCCUGUCGUAUGCGGCUGGAAGACAUGGGGGCUGUGUUUAUCAGCCGUCACUGACAGCGCCACCGCCGAGAGGCCACACGCUACAAGGAAAACCACCUGACAGACAUUUUCAUACUAAGCUGCCAGGUCCAGCCUGAACAUGGAAUCCAUGCUUAACAAGCUUAAAAGCACUGUCACUAAGGUGACAGCAGAUGUCGCAGGUGCUGUCAUGGGCAACCCGGUGACACGAGAGUUUGAGGUUGGACGACAUAUCGCCAGCGGGGGUCCUGGAAUGUGCUGGAGAAUCUACAAUGGCACCAAGAAGUCCACCAAACAGGAAGUGGCAGUGUUUGUGUUCGAAAAGAAGGUGAUCGACAAGUAUCAGAAAUUUGAGAAAGACCAAAUCGUUGAUUCGCUGAAAAGAGGAGUGCAACAGCUGACCAGACUGCGUCAUCCCCGUCUCCUGACUGUGCAGCAUCCUCUGGAGGAGUCACGGGACUGCCUGGCGUUCUGUACAGAGCCGGUGUUUGCAAGUCUGUCCAAUGUGCUGGGCCACUGGGACAACCUGCCGAGCCCUGUGCCCAACGACAUCAAGGAGUACAAGCUCUAUGACGUGGAGACCAAGUAUGGCUUGCUACAGAUCUCGGAGGGUAUGGCCUUCCUUCACAGUGGGGUGAAAAUGGUUCAUGGCAACCUGUGUCUGGAGAACAUAAUCCUCAACAAGAGUGGAGCCUGGAAAAUCAUGGGCUUUGACUUCAGCAUCUCCUCGUCAAACCCCUCAGAUGCUGAGCCCAAGUACACAUGUAAAGAGUGGGAGCCCAUCCUCCCUCCACUCUGCCUCCCCAACCCUGAGUACCUGGCCCCUGAGUACAUCCUGUCUGUCAGCUGCGACUCUGCCUCCGACAUGUACUCACUGGGUGUGGUCAUGCAUGCCAUCUUCAAUGAGGGCAAGCCCGUUUUCCAGGUCAACAAGCAUGACAUUUUCAAGAGCUUCAGCCGACAGCUGGACCAGCUGAGCAGCAUGAAUCCAGCAUUGCUGAACAAGAUCCCUGACGAGGUGCGGGAGCACGUCAAAAUGCUGCUCAGUGUCGCGCCCAAUGUCCGGCCGGAUGCUGACCAGAUGACCAAGAUCCCAUUUUUUGAUGACGUGGGCGCUGUCACUCUUCAGUACUUUGACACCCUUUUCCAAAGGGACAACCUACAGAAGUCUCAGUUCUAUAAAGGCCUCCCCAAAGUCCUUCCCCAACUGCCCAAGAGGGUGGUGGUGUAUCGAAUCUUGCCGUCAUUGACCUCUGAGUUUGUCAACCCGGACAUGGUUCCCUUCGUGCUGCCCAAUGUUCUGCUGAUUGCCGAGGAGUGCACAAAGGAGGAGUACAUUCGUCUCAUCCUGCCUGACCUCACACCUGUUUUCAAACAGCAAGAGCCUAUUCAGGCUAGUAACAUGAUCCUGCUGAUCUUCCUGCAGAAGAUGGACCUGCUGCUGACCAAAACACCGCCAGAGGAAAUCAAGAACAGCGUGUUGCCUAUGGUCUACAGAGCUCUCGGAGCCCCUUCUGUACAGAUCCAGGAGCUGUGCCUGAACAUCAUCCCCACAUUUGCCAACCUGAUUGACUACCCGUCCAUGAAGAACUCCCUCAUCCCUCGGAUCAAAUCCGCCUGCCUGCAGACCUCCUCGCUAGCUGUACGAGUGAACUCUCUGGUGUGUCUAGGGAAGAUUUUGGAAUAUCUAGACAAGUGGUUUGUCAUUGAUGAGAUCCUGCCCUUCUUACAACAGAUCCCCUCUAGAGAACCAGCAGUGCUCAUGGGCAUCCUAGGAAUCUAUAAAUGCACUUUCAGCCACAAGAAGCUGGGCAUUCCCAAAGAGCACCUCGCUUCAAAGAGCCUGCCCCACCUCGUCUCUCUUAGUAUAGACAACAACCUCAAUCUGAAUCAGUUUAACUCGUUCAUGGCGGUUAUACGCGAAAUGCUGAGUCGCAUGGAGACUGAACACAAGACCAAGUUGGAGCAGCUGCAUCUCCUGCAGGAGCAGCAGAGGAGUAUAAACAUUUCAAGCCCAGGGAACCAACCAGAAGACACAAAGAGCCCACCAAGCUCCAGCAACCAGAUUGACGAUAUCUUUGGCAGCAGAGGGGUUAAUGGAAAAGAGAAUGGGUCUGCACCAGCUGCAGCAACCUCACAGCCUAAUAGGAUGUCUCUGACUCUCGAGGAGAAACAGCGAUUGGCUAAGGAGCAAGAACAAGCAGUCAAACUGAGGAACCAGCAGCCGUUGGCACCACAGACCAUCAAACAGGCCGCCACCACCAACUCACAGACUAAAGAUCUGACCAGCAGCCUUCUCAACAUGACGACGCUAAACAGCCUGUCUUUGGCCAACACAGCACGACCAGCCCCAGUGCAGGGCAACACCAUGUCGGCCUUUCCCUCCUCCAGCCCUGUGGUUGGCUCCAUGGGCACCCCAGUGUCUAAUGGCUUCAAUGCACCUAUGGGCUUCCAGACAGGGGGCAUGGGGAUGGGCAUGCGGCCCACCGGCCCUGGCCUCUAUGGCGGCAUGGCCACCACCACCAGCACCCCAAACUUUGGCGCGCUGACACAGAAUCACCCAUCCAUUGGGCAGACAAACAAAGCUCCCGACAUGUCAGCCCUGGACAGUCUUUUUACACCCAGCAAACCCAAAGUCAGCCUCAACCAAAUGGGUCCCAUAGCCGCACCUGCAACCAACACACCCUGGCUCAAUCAGUACGGUACUGCCCAGAACGCUCAAACUCAGAUGCAGGGUAUGCCAGUAGGUUCUGGAGGAGUGCCCACUGGGUUUGGGAUGCAAGCAAACCCUUUUUUCAGCCCACAGAACUUUUCUCAACCUGCUGCUGCCCCAAGUAUGAACCAAAGUGGAGUUAAACAUAGUGCUUCUGUCAACAAUGACCUCAAAGACUUAUUUGGGUAAAUUUAUGUGAACGGAUGGCCGGUGAAGUAUCUUAUUUUAAUAACUUUAGACAGAAGAGCCUUGAAUUCUCACAGAAAAAGACUGAUUGAAUGUGAAGAUUUGAAAUCCCCUCAAGGAUGUCGCUGUCUGUAUUUUUAAAUUCAACCUGGUUUCAAAUUCUCAAUCUUGCUCACAUUCUGCUGGCGAAUUAACCUGCACCUGAAUUCAAUAUCUACCUGACCAGAAGGACUAAAAGGUUGUGGUGGGAACUUCUUCUAUACUGUGUUCUUUAAAUGCUGAGGUUUUCUUACUGUUUUGUACUCAAAAUUCUUGGGAGUCCAAAUGGCAAUGGGUUGAGAUGAAUCCCAACUCAGUUUAUUCAGGAAGGUGUUUGUGUGCAUAUCACGAAUGAGUGUUUUUCUCCUCUCGAACAAGCUGCAGAAUCAGAAUCAUCCCCAAGGUGGCGCACAUCUGCUCACUUUCAGGCUACUGUACCUUUUAUUGUGUCUCCAGGCUGUUUUAGGAUUUGCUGCAUUUCAUAAGUGAUCAGACUGUUUUGUGGCUUGAAAAACAAAUGUACUGCAUACACCAAAAUGAGCCCAGUGAGAGGUGGCUUCAAGUGUAGCACUGACACGCCUGCAGUGACUGAUCUGCUUCCAGGAGACUCCUGUGGACACAGGGAGGGGGGUGUAGAAAACAAGCAGCCCAGCAUAUGUGGGUUAGAUGGGGCAAACAAGAGCAGCCCCUCUGCAGAACGUCACCUUGGCAACCGUUUCUCUGCAGCACCUCCAUUUAGAGAGCACAGGUUGGAUUUACGGUCCUGUCUGCUCUUCAUUUUUACCACAGAGCUGUUUCUCCUCCCCCCCAUCACUUAAUUUGAUAUUCAAGCAUGUUAAAAAGGGAAAGAUGUUUGUGUCAGGUCAAUGUUUAAAACCACCACUUCACCUUCUUUUGUUAAAGCGACACUAUGCAACUUUUUAACCUUAAAACAGCAGCUUCAGAAGUCAUUAAAAAAACCUGCGUUUAUCUCCAAUAUCCAGUGAGGAAACUUUUUAAAUAUGAAGAAUUCUAAACAGAGAUUGUGGUGGCUCUUCUGGUUCAGGAAGCUGGGGAUCAUGGGUAUUAUCCACCAUUCAACAAGUUGUUAAUGUUUGUUUUUUUUUCUUUAUGAAAAAACCUCAAUCUCCUGAAUUUGGAGCCCAGCAGAAUGAAUAACCACAUUUGGCUUCAGGGGGCGCUGCUGGUCACAAAAUUACAUAGUGUUGCUUGAACAACAAACAUUGAACCGGUGUCUGUAAAUGCAGUAUGAGCGGUUUGUGUCUGAUUGUGGGUUACGAUGUGUUGACAUCUAUCAUACCAGUGUCUUUCAAGCGAUUUAAUCUUUCUUUUUUCAAAGAUCACAUCCGCUGCUUAGGCUGCUGUGCCUUACAUGGGUACAUGUGUGGAACUAGACAGACGGCACUCAUCUGUUACUGGAGUAUUAAUAUUUCCCCUGUUAAUCAGCUGUCUGCUUUUCAAACUACUUACUUUAUCGCAUGUUACUGAUCUCGACCACUAAAUCAUUCCUGAUUAUUUCAGCGACCAAUAACUUUAUUUUCCGCAGCUGGAUUCCUUCAAUCGACCAUUUCUGUUGAUUUUGCACAGGUAAAGAUAUCAUUCUAUAUUUUGAUUUCAGCACUUUUCAGCUGUCAGAGGAUAUGUGCUGGCGACAUAUUAGGAAGUGUAAAUAUAUAGUCAUUUAAAAAAGCUGUCGCUCUGUGGGGGCCCUGGCUUUUUUAUGUUCUGUUGAUAGUGGUGAAGAGGCCUUAGAUGAGUCGUGUGCAAUAAUCCUUCUCGGUUGUUGUGGGUGGAAGUUGAUUUGCUCGAGCAGCUUUAUUUCCACUGACCUACAGGAACGUCAUAAUCUUUCUGAUUUCCUAAACGUGCGUAGUGUUGAUCUGUGCUCAUUCUAAAUCUUACACUUUUGAAAUGGCACCAUUUAAAGUAUUUUAGAUGCACCUGGGACACAGUUAUCAUUAACACGCUGAAGUGUAACGUCUUCUACCAGAUGAACUUUUUUGUUGCCACCCAUACAGGGUGAGCCGUCUCUCCAACUGCAUGGCAUCUGCACGCUCAUGAAUUUGACUCUUCAGGUUCUGAUAAUUCCCCCAUUUUUGUCAUACACUGCAAAAAAAACGUGUCUGAGGUUGAAAUCUGUUUCAUCACUAGAAUCAACAUGCACUGUGGUAGUUUUGAUUUGAUCUUUGCAGCGUAUCUCACACACUUCCUGGCAGAAACCCAGCUGAAAACUAAAAUCUUAUUCUUCUACGAGAUUGUUUGUAAACUACUGCUGUCAAAUACUUGUUGUGUGGCCUGUGUUCUAUGUGUUGAGGUGCUGGUCUCUGAGGUGGCUCAAUGAAAAUCUGUACAUAUAAAGGACAAGUACACAAUC